GUGUAACACGCCCAUGUGAAGUUCUGUACGCUGCAGUCAUCGAGUAAGAAGGAGCUUAUCUGAGAGGAGGGACUGUACACACGUUCGUGUGCGUUUUAACUAACACCGGACGACGUUUGCGUGCCGAUGAGAGAGUGACAACAAAAAUAAUGGCGUCCGAAGCUGUUUUUUCGCACAGAGACCCCAUGUUGCAGAAGAGGGAUGAGUUCGAGGACAUGCUGGAGGAGAGGAGGAACUCCAGCGACCUGAGGUACGCCCUCAGGUGUUACACACCUGUCCUCUACAAGGGGGUGACGCCCUGCACAGCCGGAGCCCUGAAGAACAUGGUGCUGCAGUCGGCUCAGAUACACUUCGUCAUCGGUCAGGUUUCCAACGAGACGGGCAGGGCCGUCGACGACAUCCAGGAGGAGGCGUCGGCCAUCUUGGAGGAGAUGGCGCACAGCCUGCAGCUCAGCACCGUUCGCUUCUUCGCCUUCACGCUGAGCAAAGUCUUCAAGACCCUGUUCAGGAGCAUCUGUGUCAACGAGGAGGGAAUCCAGAGACUCCAGCAGGCCAUUCAAGAGCACCCGGUCGUCCUCCUGCCCAGUCACCGUAGUUACAUGGACUUCCUGCUGAUGUCGUACAUCCUGUACACCUACGACUUGGCCCUACCUGUCAUCGCUGCUGGCAUGGAUUUCAUGGGGAUGAAGUUUGUCGGGGAGAUGCUGCGGAUGUCUGGAGCCUUCUUCAUCCGACGCUCCUUCGGUGGCGACAAGCUCUACUGGGCCGUCUUCUCAGAAUACGUCAAGACCAUGUUGAAAAAUGGAUUUGCACCAGUUGAAUUUUUCCUAGAAGGGACCAGAAGCCGAACGAGCAAAUCUUUGACUCCAAAGUUGGGUCUGUUGAACAUAGCGAUGGAUCCCUUCCUUAAAGGGGAAGUGUUUGACGUGCACUUGGUCCCGGUCAGCAUCAGCUACGAGAGGAUCUUGGAGGAGGCGCUCUAUGCCAGAGAACUGCUGGGGGUACCCAAACCCAAAGAGUCCACUUCAGGUCUGUUUAAAGCCAGAAAGGUUCUCAGUGAAGACUACGGCAGCAUCCAUGUUUACUUUGGUCAACCGGUGUCGGUCCGAAGAUUGUCCCAGGGCAAAGUUGACCGUGGCCAGUUCAACCUCACACCAAGACACAUCCCCAAGAGGCCCAGCGAGGAGAUCCACAGCUUCGUGAACGACUCGGCCUACGGGCUGGUCCGGGCCCAGGAGGAGAACAUGGUCCUGAAGCCGUGGGUGCUGCUGGCCUCCCUGCUGCUCCAGAACCACCACGGCGACCAGGCGUCGGGGCGGGCACGGGGGAUGGCACUGGACGAGCUGACGGAGCAGGCCGUGUGGCUGAGGGACCUUUCCCGACAGUAUGGAGCCUUCCUCCACUGGCCUGACCACGUGCCUCCGCCGGAAGUCGUCUCCUCCAGUCUUUCUUUGCAUCGAGGUCUCCUGACGAUCACCGAGGGAAGAGUUCAACUGGCGUCGGAACAGGCAGGAGGACCAGCGGGCCCAGGGGAGCCUCCCCCGGUCGGCCCAGAGGAGGAGCUCCUGCGCCAGGCGGUCACCGUGCUCUCCUGCGUGUCCUACAGGAACCAGGCGCUGCACGUCUUCCUCCGCCCGGCGCUGCUGGCCUCGGCCGUCCACGCCGCCUCCUCCAGCGGGAAACAGGAGAUCUUCAACAGCUUCAGCUUCCUCAGGAACAUGUUCUCCAAUGAGUUCAUCCUCUGUCCCGGAGCCACGGUGCAGGACUUCGAGGAGGCCUGUUUCCUCCUGGUGAAGACUGGAGCGCUGCACGUCUCCCAGCAGGAGGUCGUGGUGACGGAGAGAGGACACAGAACUCUGGCCUUCCUCACCAGUGUGCUCGAUCCCUUCCUACAGGGAUACCAGGUUGUGUGCAGGUUCCUAUCUGAAGAGGCCAACGAGGCGCUGACAGAGAAACAGUUUGUUCCUACCGUCAGGAAGUUUAUCAUCAAACGUCUUCUCGCAGGUAGACUAAGAUACACUGAGGUGUUGUCGUCGGACCUCCAGAAGAACGCUCUGGCAGCUUUGCUAAGACUCGGAGCUGUACAGAAAAUCAAGGGAGCGGAGCCGGGAACUCUAAAGGUCAACAAGGUGAUGGUGCACUCGUUGGAAGACGCUCUAGGAGGAAAUCUCCCAACGCAGAAACCCGCCGCCGUCGCUCGCCUUUAAUUCACCGCCUCUCAUCAGGGAGAGGAGACGGAGGAGGUUGAACCGUGGAGUACGACUCGGCCCCGGGCUUCUCACAAAGGAAAGUCCGACCCAUAUCUUUGCUUUCUAUGAGAGGUGGAAGAGAAGCCAUCUGGAGACGGCUCAACCCCCUUUGUCUUCUUCCGUCAAAAUGACUCUUCUAUUAAAAUAUCUUUUAUACGCGCACACAAAACCAGACGAUGACCGAGGCCUUGGAGGUUCAUCGCGAUGUUCCAUGCCAUUUUCCAUUUAUGCUUUUUGAUACGCAUCCUCUAAUAAUAAUCAGCGCGGCUUUUCUUUGUGUCAUUCUCCGUCUCCUCUCUUCUCGUCUAUGCUUCUGUUUGUUGAACGCCCUCCCUCUCUCUCUCUCUCUCUCUCUCUCUCUCUGUGUCUUUAUCUUGUGCACUUUAACGAAUGAAUUCAUGCAAUGUGGUGUGGUCCUGUAUCUCUAAACUGUCUUUUAGCAGCGUGUUUCUCCUUUUCGCCGUCUUUUUGGUGCUAAAUUGGAUCAUAGAUUUAAAAUAUAUAUAUAUAUAUAUGUAUAUAUAUAUAUAUAUAUUUCUUUUUUGCACUGUAUGUAUGAACGUUUAUACAUUUGAGUUGAAUUGUCACAAACCCAAACUGCGUGGAUGAGAUGUACGUUCAUCUUUGUUUACACGGACGCGAUGAUGAUGAUGAUGAUGAUGAUGCUACAGGCCUAAUGGCGCCGUCGCACAUUUGCCAUCUCCAGAUGAAAUUGCAGUUCGUUACGUCGAAGCUCUACCAAGCUACACCAAAGGAAGAAGAUGUUUUAGUGGAAUUUUUCCGUUCCCCCGGCGGGCGUCAUCAUCCCGUGUCCUCAUGUUCUCGAGUGCGGAAUAGUUACUGAAGCUGCGUCACAGUUACUGAGAUUUAAAAAAGAAUAUAUGAAACCUUUAUUGAUACUUUUGAUUAAAGGGACGGAAGACGAGACAAAUGAAAACAAGGAGCAGUGACACAGAAACAAGAAACUACUUUUGAAGACUCAGGAUUCAACUACUGAGCCGAUGCGUCGUUCAGAAGUUCGUCGUUUUUCAAAUCAAAAGUUUCCAAAUUAAAAACUAGGGUAAUUUUUUAUUUGGUCGGUGGUUAAACAGCAGUUCCAUCCUGUCACCUUGGAAAUCCAGACUCGGUGUCUGCGGCAGAUGGAGAGUCAUUAAAGAUCAUGGUCGAACCAAUCAGACACCGGUUCUCGUGGCAAACUGUCGGUGCAGUUUAGUUCCUGGACAAAAAGGAAUUGUUUGGAAUUUGUUUCGGCAUCGGUGUCAAUAUUAUACUUCGAACUGCAUUUCCUUAUUGUUCUCUUUUGGGAAUAUAAACCAAAAAACAAACAAAAUUAGCCAAAUAUCUCAAAUGUGCCAUUUUCAGUUUUUGCCAUUCGACAACUUUAGACAAAUCUGUUUGUUUCCCUUGAGGCUUCGCUUGUCGUGUGUUGAGAAGAGACAAACUUGUCCAAAAGGAAUUCCACUCCAAAAAUGACCACGUAUUUAAAAAAAAAAAAUGCUACCUCCUUCUUCUUUGUUUGCCAAAUUUGCUCGAUACUCAACUCGUGUCUUGAAACUUGAAGCACUGAAAUUAACUUGGGUGAACAACGAACUUUGAACAACUCCAACCUGCCUGUCAACACGCCAUCCAAAGUUGGAGAUCUACAGUUUGACUAUUUGUGGUGGCGGUAUAUAUAUUUCCCCCCCAACAGCUUUUAUAUGAUGUCUUUGUGUGUGUGUGUGUGUGUGUGUGUGUUCAGGCAUAUUACUUUGUUGAAGUGUGUGUGUGUUGGGUGAGGCCUUUUAGUCCUGAAUGUACAGGCUGAGGAUUUACAAGAGCAUAUUAAUAAAGUGUUUUCAAAUACAAA